AAUUACUUAUCCCGUUCAGACGGUGAGGACACUAGAAGUAUCUCCUAAAAAUUGUCCGACCACGUUAUCUUGGAAUAUUAGGCUGACAGGUACAGAAAUGGCAGGGGGUGAAUCAAAGUCAAGUUUAUCAAGCAAUGUUUUACAGAUGAAGUUUAUGAAAAGGAGUGCACUUCGGAUAGAAAAAGAAAAAAGUGAAGAAGAAAGAAAGCACGAGAUAGAUGAUGAACAUUGGGUUUUGGACUUGCCACCCAUUGAACAAAAAGAAAGUAAAUAUAUUUUUGAACCCAGCUAUCAGAGAUGUGAAAGUCUAAUGUAUGGAAGGAUGUCUUUUAAAGGGUUCAACCAAGAGGUAGAGAAGUUGAUGGCUCAGAACAAUGAAAGGCUUCAAUUAGAGGAUGCAGAAAGAAGGGAAAAUGAAACAAGUGUUAAUGAUGAGGAAAUGGCACAGAGGUUUCAGAGUUUGAGUGAUACAAUAAACAAAAGAUUUCUAACAAAACGGCAAAGACAGUCAGAGCCAAAAGAAAAAUCGAAAAGUUCCAGCAAAAAAGUGAAAAAACAGUUCAUUAAACCAACAGAUGACUGAUGUCUGGUCACAAUUUAGUAAUUACUUUGAGUGGACCUUCACAAAGUAUCAACUGAGGAGGUGUAAGAAUAUGGCCACAGCACCAUUACCAAAAAGUUGUGAUAUGUAAUGAGUUAACAUUGCUGCAGAUGAUCUGUUUACAGUUACAUUUUACACGCUAUUUUAAGGCAUUAUGACAUGACGAUGUGUCACAUUCUAAAACCAUAUAUCUACCCAGCUUACUUUUUUCAAUUAUCUCCCUUUAUUGAAUGUCCAUUCCAAUUUCGUGUCCGGUCUGUAACUUACUUGAUUUUGGAUGGAUUUCAGAA